AUUUCCCCGACAAGACUACAAUAAUGGUGGGUCGUUAGCGCUUAUGUUCGUCUUCAUAUCCUCUAGAAAAAUAAGCAUACAUGCCCCUAAAGAUAAGCCAAACUGAUGUUGAGGAGCUUUGGUUUUUAUUUACCCCUAACGAUAUUUAAUCAGCCCUGAAGUGUGAACAUGUCUCAGGAGGGAUUUCAUUGUCCAUCAGUUACAUCAGCCGUCGACACCAGCAGCUUGAACGCACAUGAUUUGCCGAGGAGCAGUCCUGGGAAGACACCCAUUCAAAUCCUGCAUGAAUACGGCAUCAAAAGUGGCAACCUUCCUCAGUACGUGAUGGACAGGGCCGAAGGAGAAGCCCACCAGCCCAGCUUCGUCUUCAGCGUGACACUCGGAGACGUUUCCUGCACAGGUCAAGGUCACAGUAAAAAAGCUGCAAAACAUCAGGCUGCAGAAGCUGCACUGACUAUGCUGAACAUCGAUGGUGUAGCUGGGAACGUUCCUAGGAAAUUUGACGAUGACAGCUUCGGAGCAGAAACGAACAACAAUCCUAACUCAGUGGGCUUACUGCAGGAGUUGGCGUUGCAGAGAGGGUGGCGUCUCCCCGAGUACACCGUUUUAGUGGAGGCCGGCCCGCCACACCGGAGAGAGUUCACAGUUACUUGUAGAGUGGAGUCACUUUCAGAAACAGCCCUGGGAAAUUCAAAAAAAUCAGCAAAAAAGGCGGCAGCAGAGAAAAUGGUGACAAAGCUUCAAAGUUUGUCGGGAAGUUCAGAAAUCACAUGGGCUCCAAAACCGAGUGUCCGAUUUGAGAAAAUCAGGAACUCCACGGCAGAGAAAAUAUCUUCCCUGAGAAGAAACCCGCUGAGCAUUCCCAACACAGAUUACAUCCAGAUGAUGCUGGAGCUUUCCAAAGAGCAAGGCUUUGAGGUCACGUACUUCAAUAUCGACGAGCUGACGGUCAACGGCCAGUACCAGUGUCUGGCGGAGCUGUCCACCUCCCCGGUGACCGUGUGCCACGGCACGGGCAUCUCCUGCAGCAACGCGCACAACGACGCAGCGCACAGCGCGCUGCAGUACAUCAGGAUCAUGGACUCCAGCAAAUAGCCGCCACCGGCGCGGAGGGCCCGACCUCUUGCCGUCGCAGACAUCAGCCGACGGCCCGGCACAUCGGGCUCUUCCCGCAGUAUGAGUUUUCUGAUCUCGCCUGUAUACACCAGCACCAUGGAUUUAAAAAAAAAAAAAAAGCAACCUGUGAUUUAAAGAUUUCAUAUUUUAUUAUUAUUAUUAUAGUGAAUACAGGCAAAAUGGUGAAAACUCUGUCAUCGUCUACAUACUUCUGGACCUAACUGUAUAUUUUUGUAGUUCCUUACAUCAGAGCAGCUCCACAGCAGCUGACGCUUUUAAAGGGAUUUAAUCAGAAUUCAGUUUUCUCAUUCGGCUGGUGAGAUGCAUUUAUGUUUCAGAAGAUGUAAAUGAACACAACUGACUAGUAUUUUUAUGUUUGACUUUUGUUUUAUUUUGUUUAAUGACACAGCUUUAGCUUUCAGCCUUGGCUUGACAUUUAACUCGAUGAAUUUCGGGCGGCGUGUCGAGACACUGAGAGAUGAAGGAUGCCUGCAUUUACAUCUGUCAGAACGUGUUUUUUAUUUCUGAUGCUUUUAUAUUCCAGCUUGAUUGCUGCAUCUUUGUUGUUGUUGUUUUGUCAGUGUGCCUCGUUACAUGUAGAAGUGAAAUGAGUGAUUUUUAUUUAAAAGUGUUACUCACAGGCCUCCUCUGCUGUGUGAACUGAACCCUGGUGGAGAACACUGGCAGACCGCGUGCACUGACGGUCACCUCAGUUAAUGAUUGCUGGCGUCCGUUAAUGUUCGUUCUGACGGUGGCGGAGAGCGACCAGAUUCCUCUUUUUGGGAGUCAUUGUUUCUCCCGGGAGCCGACCACUCGCCAGCCGUCGUUCAAUGAGUCAGUGUUUCCUGCAGUCUUACAAUUACAUCAGAGUUUAUGCACACGUGUAUUUGGUUUUGAUUUGUGUCGUUUUGUUUUUAUAGCUGAGGAGUGAUAAAACAUGGCUAAUAUAAAUAAAAGGCAAAUGUUUUCAGUG